CUCAUAAGUGACCCCAGAGGCAGACACAUUCGUCUCCUUCCCCAGCUCCCUCUGAAGAUGCUGUUGCUGCUGCUGCUGUUCCCCAUGGCCUUUAUCUUGCCCCCCGAGGCUCAGGCUGGGGAGAUCAUUGGAGGACAGGAAGCCCGGCCUCACUCCAGACCCUACAUGGCUUUUGUGAAAAUAGAGAGAGAAGGGAAAGGAGGAAACAUGUGUGGAGGGUUCCUGAUCCGGGAGGACGUGGUGGUGACGGCAGCUCAUUGUAACUGCAACUUGGGUAACAUCUCCGUGCUGCUGGGGGCCCACAACUUUGCAAUAGAUGAACUGGGAAGACAGAAGAUUUGGGUACGUCACCGAAUCCCCCACCCAGAAUUCAAUGACGAGACAUUUGAAAAUGACAUCAUGCUGCUGCAGCUGUGGAAUAAGGCCGAGAUGACCCAGACUGUGGGCACCAUCCCCCUGUCCCAGGAGAAGGUGAAGAAGGGGGCAGUGUGCAGCGUGGCUGGCUGGGGCCAGACUAGUAUCAGAACAAAUGCCCAGCCCUCCCCGACCCUGCAGGAGGUGGAACUGACGGUCAUGGGGAAAUGUAUGUGUCUAUCUCGGCCUUAUCUGCACUAUGUCCCAUCCAGGAUGCUGUGUGUGGGGGACCCCCAGGAGAGGAAGGCACCAUUCCUGGGUGACUCCGGGGGCCCCCUGGUCUGUGAUGGGAAGGCCCAGGGCAUUGUCUCCCAUGGCACUGGUGACUGGUCAACUCCCAGUGUGUUUACCAGGCUCUCCAAAUACGUGUGCUGGAUCAAGAAAACUCUGCGCAAGCUGAAGCCUUAGAGGGGAACGUCCAUCUCUAGCGUGAGUGGAGAGAUAGAUGGGUAUUGCAAAGCGAUGGCCGGCUGCUGCCUAUCACAGAUGGAUUGAUAGACGGAUGUGUAGCUAAUGAUUUUAGUUUUCUUUGCUCAUUUCCUGUGCGAUGUUAUGAUUAAUUAACGUGUUAUGCUGUUCAUAAUCUUUCUAUGCUGAAUAGAGUUAAAUUGUAGCAUUACAGAAGCAUAAGACUGAUCAGUCAUUGAAGUGAUAAUUAGGGAUCUAAGAAAGGAGGUCUCAAACACAAGGCCUACAGGCUGAGGCCUGUAAGAUUUUAACUUAGCCAUAUUAGGCCAUAAGCUUAAGCAAUGCUUGACAACAGUAAGUGACCAAAGAAUGACCCUAUGCCACAUGAUAACGGGAAAAGAUGUACCCAUGGAGGAUAUUGUAAAAAUUAACAGUAAGAGUAGUUUUUGCUUACAAAAUAUCCAACAGUCAGAUUUUUCUACCACAUGUCCUAACCACAGGGUGUACUAUGUGUGGAAAUGCUAAUGAGUAAUAGUUGGAAUUGCGUUAUAAAAAGAGGAUGCCCAGAUUAGGAAAACUGAGCUCCCUAUUGGAAACCCCAGCAAGAACCAUCCCUCCAUUGAUGCCAGCAGCUAGAAGACAGGGAGCGAAAUUAACAAGCAAACAUGGCAGAGGUGAAGGCACCAACAAAGCUGAGAUACUACAGCAACGGGUAACACAGUCAGGGCAUGGGUGGAAGGAAGGAGGGGAUAGGUGAGGAAGGAAGGAAGGAUGGAGACUUGCAUAUGUGUAGGGAGAGCAGGAGGGAUGGGUGGCAGGAUGGAUAGAUAGAAGGGGUGAAUGGACAUGGAGGUUGUAGGAGGAAGAGAGAGCACAGAAUCAUAGAAUAUCAAGGUUGGAAGGGACCACAGGACUUCAUCUAGUCCAAUUCCCUGCUCAAAGCACGACCAAUCCCCAACUAAAUCCUGAGAUGCACAACCUGCUGUAAGAGGCCUGGAAUAAAGUCUAAGGCCUGAAAUAAAAUCAGACUCUGCUGAAACAAAGUAAAUUUAGCAAGAUUCAGACUAUAAGGAAAAGGUUUCCACAUCCCUUUUAGGGCUUAUGUCCCACCUUCCCACCGUGUUUCCAUUGGCACCAAAGUUUGGCGCCGUCGGCCACUUUGAAAAUGUGUGUGCAUGUGUUUGACUAGGGGAAGUGUUGUGUAUGUUUGUGCUUGGGUACAUAGAGAGAAAAAGGUUGAAAGAAGAGAGUGAGAGAGUUUAAAAAUGAAAAACGAAAGCCUGAGUAAGGUUUAGGAAAAAAAAGGAAAGAAAGGUUAUUGGAUGUGAUUGAGUAAGGAUAGAGGCUGCUAAAGGCAGGUUAUGCAAGAAUAGAAAGAGGUUUUUUUAAGGCUUAGUUAGUUUGAAAGAAGAGAUACCAAAGGCCUAGUUUGCUAGGCUAUUAAAGAAUAGAAAAUUUUGAGAUAAAUGUAAAAGGUGUAUUAAAUAUCAGGGCGGGUUAAGAAUAAAGUUAAAUAAUAUUGAAAACUAAAUUUAUAAAGAAAAUUUACUCAGGCAAAACCUGUUUGAUAAACACAGGAUAAAAAAGCAUUUAAACUAUUAUAUACCAAAGUAGCGACAUAAGCCCUAAAAGGGACAUGGAAACUUGUCAAAAAUGCAUGAUGAUGAAUACUAUCGAGCCGUAUACUACUCAUGUUCUCUGUAUGUGUAUAUAUCUCUCCUUACUAUAUGUUCCAUUCUAUGCAUCCGAUGAAGUGGUCUGUAGCCCAUGAAAGCUUAUGCUCAAAUACAUUUGCUAGUCUCUAAAGUGCCACAAGUACUUCUGUUCUUUAUUCAGUAGAUUAUAACUUUUUCAGUAAUAUCUUAUUUGGUGAAUGGAGUUGGGUGAGGGUCAUCAUUUCUCUGGACAUUCCAGCCAUUGAGUUAGCUAAAAUCUUUUCUCAAUAGUGUUAACUCUUUAGACCUAACCCUUAUAGCAUUGUCUGCAAGGGUUAAAACCAUAGACAGUAAGUCAGAGAGAGACCCCAGGAAGAGAAGGAUGCUAUACCAGACCCAGACAUGCUUAGGGAAAGAGGAAGUGAGUUGGCAGGAUGCCAGGAGAACAGAGUGUGGGCUUUUGAAUUGGGAACAGCAGCUCUUUCUCUUUCCUGUUGACUGGGGAAGGAUGUAAUGAGCAGGCAGCAACACAUGGAGAAUCCAGCGACAUCCAGGCCUAGGAAGGGACUAAACCUUGAACUACAGAUCUGUGUGUAGAACAGGGAAUGCUUAGUCAGAUGCGAUCAGGUAAUUUCUUUAUUGUGAGUUUGUUGGACUUCCCUGUGCUGAGCACGUGUAGCUUUGUUCCUCCUUGUACUGUAACUUUACAAGCUGAAUCCCAGGGAAGCCAUUCUCUGUGGUUUUAAACCCUUUUCUUUAGUUGCUCUGUAACAUCUAGCAACCAAGCAAUGUUCUGCCAGACCUGUUUUCUUUUUGUUUAUUAAAAAUCACUUUUUGAAGAACA